GGAAGCAACCAUUGCAGUCGGUUUACCAGGCUGUAAACAGAAAGGAAAGCUAUUCCCUAGGAAUUGAGUCCCAAUUAAUUCCCGUUAAAUGGAAUUAAACGACGACGCGUGCGCUAUAAUGACACUGUGCGAUCUAUCCAGUUGACCCGGUGCCACCUAUUAGUCGUUGUUCAAAGUUCCAUUUGUUCAAAACGAGUUCUUCAUCCAUUUAUUUUGUGACAGGGUUAUACGAGGGCUGUUUGAGUUGGUUUCUUCAAUUGGCACCGUUUCAAGGAUGUGACAUUGAAGGAGCAGGAUAAAAAGGUGCUGUGCUGCAGCUCAGGGACUCUCUCUCCACUUGUGCUGAGCAUUUCUCAGACUCAAACAAUGGACUGGGAUCUGUAUCUAUAUGGGUGUUUUUUGACACUCCUUAGUCUUUUAGCGCUGAAGUUACGAUUAAGAAAACCGGUCCACGGCGGCCUCCAAGAGCUCCCGUGCCUCCCGUCGUUCCCUUUGAUCGGCAGUCUGCUGAGUCUCCGGAGCGUGCAUCCUCCUCACGUUCUUUUCAAGAAACUCCAAGAGCGAUACGGCCAGACGUACUCACUGAUGAUGGGCUCGCAUCGGGUCGUCGUCGUCAACCAGUACGUCCAUGCCAAAGAAGUGCUGCUGAAGAAGGGCAAGAUAUUUGCAGGGAGACCGAGAACAGUAACCACCGACGUGCUGACCAGAGAUGGGAAAGACAUCGCCUUUGGAGACUACAGCGCUACCUGGAAGUUCCACAGGAAAGUUGUCCACGGAGCUCUCCACAUGUUUGGACAAGGCUCCGCCUCCAUUGAGAAGAUCAUCUGCACACAGGCCCAGUCCCUUUGCUCCGUCAUGUUGGCGAAAGCUACUAGCGAGGCUUGCGUGGACCUUUCUCCUGACCUGGCGCGGGUGGUCACCAACGUCAUCUGCUCGCUGUGUUUCAACUCCACGUACCCAAUGGGAGAUCCUGAGUUUGAGGCCAUCCUUCUUUAUAGCCAGGGUAUUGUGGACACCGUCGCCAAAGACAGCCUGGUGGAUAUUUUCCCCUGGCUCCAGCUCUUUCCCAACGCAGACCUGCGUCUCCUGAAACAAUGCGUUUCCACCCGUGACAAACUUCUACAUCAGAAAUAUGAAGAACACAAGGCCCAGUACAGUGACAAUUUGCAGAGAGACCUGAUAGACGCUCUGCUCCGAGCAAAACGCAACGCCCACAACAACAACACGGCAGAGAUGGGUACUCAGCCUUUGGGCCUUAGCGACGACCACAUCCUUAUGACUGUCGGAGACAUCUUCGGAGCCGGGGUGGAAACCACCGUCACCGUCCUCAGAUGGGCCAUCAUCUACCUCAUCUAUCACCCUGAGGUGCAGAAACGUAUCCAGGAUGAGAUGGACAGCAAUUUAGGGCGGGACCGGAGCCCCCUCCUGAGUGACAGAGGCCGUCUUCCUUACCUCGAGGCCACCAUCAGGGAGGUGUUGCGGAUCCGCCCCGUUUCCCCUCUCCUCAUCCCUCACGUUGCCCUCCAGGACACAAGCCUCGGACAUUUCAAAGUGCGAAAAGGGACCAGAGUUAUCGUCAACCUGUGGUCACUGCACUAUGACGAGAAAGAAUGGAAACACCCUGAACUUUUCGACCCAGGUCGCUUUUUGAACAGCGAAGGCACAGGUCUGAGCCAGCCGUCGUCCAGCUACAUGCCCUUCGGUGCCGGGGUCAGGGUGUGUCUCGGCGAGGCUUUAGCAAAGAUGGAACUCUUUAUCUUCCUGGCCUGGAUUCUGCAGCGUUUCACCUUUUCCAGCCCAACCGGUCAAGCUCCUCCCUCGCUGGAGGGCAAGUUUGGCGUGGUCCUUCAACCAGCCAAGUACAAGGUGACCGUCACACCCAGACGGUGUGCUUUCUAGCACAAUUACC